GGUUACACUCCCAAGGGCUCAUCUAUGGUCAUGUACCGGAACCACAAGUACCACCACUACCAGUUCUCGGUAGCCACCGACUGGCCUGGUGGUGUCUAUGCAACGCCAACAGUGUCUGGUAGUCGGCCAGGCUCAGUGGCGGCCUGCACUUGGGCUUCGUUGCUCUACUAUGGGCGAGAUGGUUACAUUGAGGCCACUCGCAAGAUCAUCUCCACCACGCGCAAGAUUGUCAAUGAGCUGCGUACUGUGCCUGGCAUCCAGUUGCUUGGCUCACCCGAUGUGAGUGUGGUGGCCGUUGGCUCGGAGGAGUUUGACGUGUUCCAGUUGAUGGACCAGCUGACCAGUCGAGGUUGGAACCUUAACCCACUGCAGUACCCAUCGGGUUUCCACUUGUGCGUCACAUUGCUACAUGUGGCCGAGAAUGUCGCCGACCGGUUCGUCAGCGACAUCCGGGAAUGCACAGCCGAGAUUAUGCAAUCGCCUCGCUUGCCAAGCACUGGAAAGGCUGCUAUCUACGGCAUGGCUCAAAGCAUUCCUGAUCGCUCCGUGAUCGAAGAGCUGGCACAUGCCUACAUUGAUGCCUGCUACAGCACCCGUUACCUUCCCCCUCCGAGUUAACCAGUAGAUGACUGAUAGGAAUGAUCAUAAUAGUUUUCUAAUAAUAGGAGAUGUAAUUUUCACUUUUCUUGUGAUGUCUAAAAUUGUCAAACUUCAGGCUGCAAAAGAAUUCGUGCCCGGCCUCUUUAAAUUGUGGGUUAAGUUUAGGACAGAGCUGAGGACUUGCUUUUUGCACUUGCUCAUUGAGAAUCAUUUUGCAUAUCUUGCUCUGUCAUGACCAAAUUUUACUUGACUUUUUGAGUGAAGUUGUGUAAAUGUUGAAUACUUCGUAUAGUAGUAUCGUUGGUUAGCAAGUACUGAUUUGAAUUGUUUAUUUGUUUUGGGGAAAGCUGCUAUGUAUCGGCCUGCGUUUAAUUUGUGGCUCUGUUUGUAUGCCCAAUUUCUCAGGGCUUUGCAGCACUGUUCAUAUUUCAGCUGAAACUAUAAUAAAGCUACAGUUAAACCUGCUUAUAACGAACCUCCUUAAAAUGAAUUCCCCGAUAUAACUAAGUUUUUCCAUUGCUCAUCAUUGCUGCAUAGAAGCACACGUAUUAGGGACCUGUAUGUAACCAAGUAACAGAGAGAGACAACCUUGAUAUAACGAAUUUUCCCCACGGACGAUCUACGAGUUUUGCCCCGGAUUUUGCUAUGAGCAUGCAUCUUCCUUGGAUGCCCCUUCGCCACUAAAGCGCAAAGUGGCGACAGCACGCACGACACAGCAGGCGAGAGCGAGUGCAAUCACGGGUGAGCGCAAGGCAGAUAGGUGGGCCUGCGCCCCACUAUCCUGCGUUGCCGCUGUUUUAGCUGCCGUGAGUGCAUGCGGUCCAAACCAAAAAUAAAUAAAGAAAGCUACUUUUUGCACUCGCAGUCUAACGCUUUUAGUUAGUAUCACAUAUUUGGGGCCAGGCUGCACAUAGAGGGCGUUUUACUGAAUAGUUUUCCGCGGUAUUCGUGUCGUUCGCUCAUCAUUUUCGAUGCUGCGUGCACGUGCAUGGUUUCACUGUAUGUGCAAGGUGUCACCCCCGAGGACAUUCAGCUUUACUUUUUUUUAUUUUUUUUAAUGUGCACAACCGUGUCACCACCACCGAGGGGACGUCAGAACAGGCGCUAAUGGAAACUCUCUGAGACCAAGGUGACGACAGAUCUUCAGAGGUCGACUCAUCAUGCACUUUCGUCUUGCGCUGCGCCGCGAGUUUGCAGGCUCGUAGCUUUCGCGAUUAGCCAAUUAGUGCUGGCAACAACAUGACAGUGCAGUGAAUCCAAUGCGAUGAACGCGAUAGCAAAAAGUUGUAAUGUUAUACAAAGUAAAGCUGUCGGCCAACUGUUUUGGAUUCUAUAUUGUGGAACUCCUACAAAACGCUGAUGUCAGCAAACACGGUCGCUCCAGGGAGAAGUGCUCUUUUCACACAGUUUCGUCACGUUGAAAUCACACUCAUGCUUGCCGAGAUAGCAAGUGCACCAGUGAUCGCAAUCGCCCUUAUAAUCAAAGUUCAUUGUUGCUACUCGAGUGAUUCUUCCCCCCCCCCACCCAUUUUUUUCUUCCUGCUCGUUCAAGACAGGUGGUUUCCUCUGUUUGAGCAUUCGACGUCAGUUCUAGCACAUGGGGGAUGUUAUCUUAUGCGCCUUUCAGGCGAUAGAGAUGGGCUGACUCAUUUGAUUUCUGCUUCACCAGCACUCGCAUGCUUUUAUCCGCUCGUAAAAGUUACGAUGCUUGGGGCAUGUUAUCAAUUUAUACUUGUUACAGAACAUAGCGGGAACUGCAAAAACCUGUUGAGAGUGUAGUUGCUAUUGCAAUAGUAACUCAGUUUUUACUGCUAAAUAAGUGUUUCGGGUCAACUCUGCCUUCAGUUUUCCUUUUGUUUAAUUUGUGCAUUUAUUUUCUGAAUUUUCGUACUGAACUUUCGUAUAACGAAACCCCUUCAUAACGAAUUUUUUGGGGAAUUCAUAAAUUUUGUUAUAUCCAGGUUUAACUGCAUAUGGAACUUGCGUGUAUUUAUGAAAAGGCCAUAGGAUCAUGGCUUCUUUAGGUGAGUAGUUCUGACUCACUUUGCUCAUAAAAUGGCAAUGCACUGGGAAGUGUGAAGUAUGUGCACCUACUCUUGUUGAACUGUUGCAAUAACAGAUGCAUUAAAGUGUUCAUAGUGGCUUUGUUAUUGUGCUAUGCUUAAAGGUGUAAGCAAUGCUUAGCAGCCCUAGUUUUUAAUUGACCCUUCCUUUUCUACAUAUACUGUGCUUUGUGAUAUGCCAUAGGUUUGAAAAAUUCAGUCCUAAUCAAACAGCUGCUUUAUACUUUACAUUUUGUUGGAAUGUUCUUGAAGCAUUAUGCUUGGAUCAAAUAGUGUGCAAUACACUUCAAUCUUUAUUAUGCGUAGGACACGCUAAUUUUUAUUUCUGUCAGUGAAGAUCAAUCAAUCAAUCAGUGUUUAUUCAAUCAACGUAAUACAAAAACAUGGUUACAAAAGUAUUUGGACCAUUAACCUGUGUGGCUAGUCAGUGGUCCAAUCUAUUACAUGAUUAUUUUAUUACAUGUCAGGAGCAGAGGUGCAGUUAAUAUGAUUAUGAAUCUAUACACAAAUUCAAUGACAGGGUAGCUUUUAAGGUAUAUUUUAUCGAAUUAAAUACACAUGACAAUAAAUGCUAAAUUGCUGCAAAUACUUUUAGUACCCAAGUGAUAAAGAACUAAAGGCAUACAUUGUAACAAUACAGAAGAUAGUGAUACCACAAAAUAUUUAGCACAAUUUGUGCACAAAAUUAACUGCGUUGAAGAAUCAAUACCAUCGAACUCACUUCAGAACUAGAAACAAAAAGAAGGAAAGAAAAAGAACUAUGCCAGAUGAGUCGUAAAAAAGUGUGGACGUGAGCUUAACUUUGGUUAAGAACAUGAAAAACUUACAAAAUGCAUUUUACAAGUGAAUUUAAAGUUGCGGGCAAGUUUAAUUUCAAGUGGAAUUGUGUUCCAGAUUUUAGCACCAGUGAGUUGUAUUAACCGUUCGCCAUAUACAUUCCUACAAGUAGGGAGGUUGAAGUUGCCGUUGCCUGCAUGCCUUGUGUUACGGGUCGGUGUAGAAAACGCACUCACAGGUAGUGGAAAAUUGGUGUUAAUGAUAGAAUUUAUCAACACCGCAGUUUUAUAAUUUCGCUGAGACGUGAAAGGCAGUAUCUGAGUAGAUGAAAACAAAUCUGAGCUUGGGCAACAAGAGGACGAUGCCGUAAUAAUUCUUAAGGCGCGUUUUUGCAAUCGUAUGAUCGGUGCUAUAUACGUUAGAUAAGUAAAGCCCCAUAUUUCGCUACAAUAACUGAGUUGAGAGUGAAAUAUAGAGAAGUAUAAUGAUCGUAGCACGUUAUAUGGAAAGUAACAUUUGGCUUUAAUGAGCGUGAAGCAUGCGAAAGCAAGCUUUUUGGAUAUGUAAUUAACCUCAUCUUUCCAAUUCAGGUUUUCAUCUAUUAGAACCCCUAAGUAUUUAAACGCGGAAACGCGCUCAAUGGGCGCGUCGUUAAUUUCUAAGUCCAGCUGACUAUAAUCGAGGUUUUUUCUUCUGGAAUGAAAUAUGAUAUAUUUAGUUUUGGCUACAUUUAAUGCGAGCUUGUUGCGGGCGAACCAUGCCGAAAUCUGUGCCAACUCUGCCGUGAUUUCUUCUUUUAGCGUGCACAGAGAGUUACCUCGAAAAAGCAAUGCAGUGUCAUCAGCGUACAUUAUGGUUUUGCGUGAAAGAGCAGAUGGUAGGUCAUUUAUGUAUAGUGAAAACAACAUAGGACCUAGCACGGUUCCCUGGGGUAUUCCACAUGUUAUUUUUCUAAAUCCUGAAGAUAUACGGUCAAACACGACGCAUUGUUUUCUAUCUGCCAGAUAACUAGAAAAUAACCGAAGUGUCCUCUCGGUGAAGCCAUAAUAAGAUUCUAAUUUCUUUAAUAAAAUGGAAUGCGAAACAGUAUCGAAUGCUUUUUUUAUAUCCAAGAAAACGCUGACGGCAAUUUCGUUAUCAUGAAGUACUGAGUUGACGAACUGUGCUAGUGUAAAAACAGCUGUGCUCGUUGACCUAUUUGUGAUGAAACCAUGUUGUUCAGGGCAGAUUAUGUCGUUUGAGCUUAGAUCGACAGAGACGGGACCUAAUUACCUUUUCAAAAAGCGUUUUAACAAUGCUGAGCACCGAGAUGGGACGGUAACUGCUCGGAUUUUCUCGAUCCCCGGAUUUGUAAAUAGGUACGACUCUCGCUAUCUUUAGGAUAUUUGGGUAAGUUCCAUUUUGCAGGCAGUUAUUCAUGAUGCGGGAAAGAGGCUCCGAAAGAAGGUCUACAUUUACCUUCAGUAGUUUUGUAGUAAUCCCAUCAUGACCAACGGCUUUAUUGCAUGGGAGUUUUAGGAUUUCUGACCUAAUUUCCUCAGUGGUUACGCUUGCAAGCUGAAAGUCUUCCUCAAAUAUUUUGUUUUGGCAAGAAUGUAGAGGAUCUGCUUGAGAUUGAGCAGGAAAGUUGUUACCAACAUUGGUAAAAAAAUUAUUGAAGUUAUCAGCGGUAUUAGUUGUAGGAUUAUCCGGAGCAAUGCGUUUUUUUUCGCCUAUUCCCGUAACUUCACGCACUAGCUUCCAUACCUGCUUGAUGUCACCGCUCUGUUGAACUAUUUUAGCACUGUAAUACUGCUUCUUGGCUUUCCUUAACAUCCCGACUGAUUUGUUUCUGAAGUGUUUAAACUGCUUUUCAUAGUAUUCAUUUGUUUUGUUUUGUUUCCAUCUAGUGAAGUAUGUAUCUUUUUUCUUUAUAACAUUCAGUAUGUCCCGCGUCACCCAAGGACAUAUUGCUUCCUUGUGUCUUCGGUCUGUGUAUUCUUGGGUUGAUUGGCUAAUUGCCUCCAUUAUAUGGCAAAUAAAGUUUUCCCAUUCAGUGUGAACA